AUGCCUGCAACACCAAGGAAUCUCCUGCUUUCCUCCAAUAUCUUCUCCUUCACCUUACUUCUCUCAAUAAACACACUUUUGUUCUAUCGUUGCUACUCGAUUGAUGAGCAGGGGCAGGCUCUUUUAACAUGGAAGAACAGCUUAAACAGCAGCGGAGAUGCACUCAAAUCGUGGAGUUCAUUAGAUGCUACUCCAUGCAGAUGGUUUGGGAUUCAUUGCAACUCACAAGGCGAGGUAGUUGAGAUAAGGUUGAAAGCAAUAGAGUUGCAAGGCUCAUUGCCUUCUAAUUUGCAGUCUCUAAAAUCCUUGAAGACCCUUGUGCUUUCAUCAACCAAUCUCACAGGAACAAUUCCUAAGGAGCUCGGUGAUCAGUAUGAGAUAAGUUAUGUUGACCUCAGUGGCAAUUCUCUCACAGGUGAAAUCCCCCUGGAAAUUUGCAGACUGAGCAAAUUGGAAACAUUGUCUCUCAACUCAAACUUCCUUGAAGGUGAAGUUCCGUCGGGAAUAGGAAAUCUUUCCAGCCUUGUUUACCUGACACUCUAUGACAAUCAACUCAGCGGUGAAAUUCCAAAGAGCAUUGGAGACUUGAGAAAGCUACAAGUUUUUCGAGCAGGUGGAAAUAAAAAUCUUAAAGGGGAGCUGCCCUGGGAGAUAGGGAACUGCACCAGCUUGGUUAUGUUAGGCCUCGCUGAAACUAGCAUUUCUGGCAGUCUUCCCUCAUCAUUAGGAAUGCUGAAAAGAAUUCAAACCAUAGCCAUUUAUACAUCUUUGAUAUCAGGUCCUAUACCAGAAGAGAUUGGUAAUUGCAGUGAGCUGCAAAAUCUUUACCUGUAUCAAAAUUCUAUAUCCGGUCCAAUCCCGAGUCAAGUCGGUCAGCUGAGCAAGCUUCAGGGUCUGCUAUUGUGGCAGAAUAACUUAGUUGGUAGUAUCCCUGAUGAACUUGGAAGCUGCACGGAGCUAACUAUGGUGGAUUUGUCUGAUAAUCAUCUGACAGGUAGCAUACCAAGAAGCAUUGGAAAACUUUUGAAGCUUCAAGAGCUUCAAUUGAGUGUUAAUCAGUUAUCAGGUACAAUUCCUUCUGAAAUUUCAAAUUGCAUUGAGCUAACUCAUCUGGAAAUUGACAACAACGCCAUCUCCGGUGAGAUUCCUGUUCUCAUUGGCAACCUUAAGAGCUUGACUCUAUUCUUUGCCUGGCAAAAUAAGCUGACUGGAAAUAUUCCAGAUAGUCUUUCUCAGUGCCAGGAUCUUGAGGCAAUUGAUCUAUCCUACAAUAGCCUAUUUGGUUCAAUCCCAAAAGAGAUUUUUGUUUUGAGAAAUCUCACCAAAUUACUGCUACUUUCCAAUGAUUUAUCUGGUUUUAUUCCGCCAGAUAUAGGAAACUGCACCAAUCUGUACAGGUUACGUUUGAAUGACAAUAAACUUGCAGGAACAAUUCCAUCAGAGAUAGGGAAGUUGAAGGGCUUGAAUUUCGUUGACUUAAGCAACAAUCGCCUUGUUGGAGGAAUUCCUCCAUCAAUAAAUGGAAUUCAAAACCUUGAAUUUCUUGACCUCCAUUCAAAUGGGAUUACAGGUUCUUUGCCAGAUUCUCUGCCUACUAGCCUACAAUACAUGGAUAUUUCAGACAACAGGCUUAUAGGUCCUUUGACUCAUGGUAUUGGGUCCUUAACUCAAUUGACCAAGCUUAAUUUGGGAAGGAAUCAACUUUCUGGAAGGAUUCCAUCUGAGAUAUUGGCCUGCAGUAAGCUCCAAUUGUUGAACCUGGGUGACAAUGGUUUCUUUGGUGAAAUUCCAAAGGAACUAGGCCAGAUUCCAGCACUUGAAAUUUCUCUUAAUCUUAGCUGCAACCAGUUUUCCGGUGAAAUUCCCUCUGAGUUCUCUGGUCUUACUAAGCUAGCAGUACUUGACCUCUCUCACAACAAAUUCUCUGGUAAGUUAGAUAACCUCGCAAGCCUACAAAACCUUGUCUCUCUCAAUGUCUCCUUCAAUGACUUCUCUGGUGAACUUCCAAAUUCCCCAUUUUUCCGAAAGCUCCCAUUGAGUGACCUUGAGUCAAACAAAGACCUCUAUAUUUCAAAUGGUGUUGUAACUUCAGCUGAUAUUGAACAUUCAAGGCAUGUUAGGCCAGCUGUGAAGCUAGCUAUGUCUAUCCUUAUAAGUGGCAGUGCAGUUCUUGUACUACUGGCUAUCUACAUGUUAGUUCGUGCCCGGUUUGCUAACAAUGGCCUCAUGGAGGAUGAUAAUUGGGAAGUGACCCUGUACCAGAAGCUCGACUUAUCAAUUGAUGAUAUCGUCCACAAUUUAACUUCAGCUAAUGUGAUUGGCACUGGGAGCUCUGGGGUCGUAUACAGGGUAAUAAUUCCAAAUGGUGAAACCUUAGCAGUUAAGAAGAUGUGGUCAUCAGAAGAGUCUGGUGCAUUCACUUCUGAGAUUGAGACGCUUGGCUCAAUCAGGCACAGAAACAUUGUUCGGCUUCUUGGUUGGGGUUCAAACAGGAAUCUGAAACUGCUGUUUUACAAUUAUCUUCCAAAUGGAAGCUUGAGUUCACUCCUUCAUGGUGCUGGCAAAGGAGGGGCAGAAUGGGAAGCUAGAUAUGAUGUUGUGCUGGGUGUGGCACAUGCCCUUGCAUACUUGCACCAUGACUGUGUGCCUGCAAUCUUGCAUGGGGAUGUGAAAGCUAUGAAUGUCUUAUUAGGUGCUGGCUAUGAGCCUUUCCUUGCUGACUUUGGGUUAGCUCGUGUUAUUAAAAGCAAUGAAGAUGAUAAAUUUUCCAAAUUAAGUCCAAGACCACACCUAGCAGGUUCUUAUGGAUACAUGGCUCCAGAACAUGCAACAAUGCAACGCAUCACAGAGAAAAGUGAUGUAUACAGUUUUGGAGUAGUCCUCUUAGAGGUGCUAACUGGAAGGCAUCCAUUGGACCCAACAUUGCCGGGGGGUGCACACUUGGUUCAGUGGGUUCGGGACCAUUUAGCAAACAAGCGGAACCCAUCUGACAUCCUGGAUCCAAAGCUUAGAGGGAGGGCUGACCCUGCUAUGCAUGAAAUGCUACAAACACUGGCUGUAUCAUGCCUGUGUGUCAGUGCCCGGGCUGACGGUCGUCCAACGAUGAAAGAUGUUGUAGCAAUGCUCAAAGAAAUUCAUCAUGUUGAGACCUCAAGGGACAUAUCAAAGGGAACCUCAACAGCCCCUCAGCCUCAAUCACCACAACCUCCUACUAGAACAGUAGUUUCUCGAGGAUCUUCUAAUUGUUCCUUUGCUUUUUCGGAUGAUUCAAUCCAAUCAUCAGGCGGAGGUUUCAAUUUGUAGCUACUUAUGUGGUGCAUAAUUUGUUCAUAGUCAGUCCAUAGAAGAAACUUUGGGAAGUGUUAAAUGGUUUGGGUUGUAAUUUAUGCUAUACUUAAUAAUUACUUAGAUUUCACUUAAGUGUAAAGUAAAAAGAGAGAAGAGGAAUAUGUUGGGAGUAGAGAUGAGAAUUGAGAGAAUGAGUGCAAGCAGGUAGAAGCCGAAACAAUGAUUGUUAGCACUGGAUUUAUGUAAUUAGAAGUUAUUGCAAAGAAUAAGAUUCUCUGUUUCUCGACCA